AUGUUCGCUCUAUUUCCCUGUUUUUUAUUAAUUACUCAUCUAAAGUAUUGUUUCAAUUCGUGUCCAUUGGAAUAUCGUUCCAUUGAUCCGAAUCAUUCAUUUUGUUCUCAACCAUUUCAAAAUGUCAUUGGACAGCGUGUUACUUCGUUUGAACGUGAGUAUAUUCUUUACAUGCAUAACUGCGAACGACAACGUGUGCAAGGGAUGAAUAUGGAGAAAAUGUACUGGAGUGAUGAACUGGAAGAAGUCGCUCUUAAGCACGCCCAAACGUGUAUGUUUGAACAUGAUAAACCAAAUCAACGUAGUGUACCAAGAAUUCCAUUGUCAACAGGACAAAAUUUGGCGAUGGGCUACGAGAAUUGGACUCAUGUCUUGGAAGGAUGGAUUGAAGAAAAAGAACAUUAUUAUCAUAGUUAUCCUGCUACGACUAUCUUUAGUCAUUAUAGUCAAAUGAUUUGGCAUUCAUCGACAUUGAUCGGAUGUGCUGCAGCAAUGUGUCCACCGUUUGGUUCAUAUAAUAUCUCCUGGCCUUUUUAUGUUUGUAACUAUAUCACAGGAUUGAUAAAUAGUAAUUAUCAUGCAGCAUUUCAAUUUGGCAUUCCUGGCUAUCCGUUAUAUGAUUGUCAAGGUAAAGUUUGUCUCUAUAAUGGUACUCUGAACUUACAAACAUGUCAAUGCGAAUGCUCGGCAUUUGCCAGCGGAGUUUACUGUGAAAAAUUAAAUUGUUCAAUGCUACCGGACUGUCCUUAUCAUUCAUCAGUAUCGUGUCUUGCGGUCAACGUUCCUUUGGAAUGUCCUCGACUUUGUGGUUUAUGUGAGAGAUAUGAAAUGUUGAGAAAUGUAUACGGUGAUGAAAAUCUAGCACCCAAUGCACCGAUUAUUAGUUCAAUUACAACUUCAAACGAGAUGAACGAAACAAUAUCUGAAGAAUUUGAACUUGUCACAACUACUGAGUUCGACACGACAUCGAGCUUCGAUACCACAAUCCACGAAAACAUCUCUUCAGUUUCAUCCACAAUGAAUAUCUCAUCACAGAUGCUAUUUUAUUUGUGUAUUAAAUAUUUAUUUGUUGUUUAA